UCUCCAGUUCGUCCAGUAACGAUUUCUCAUUCACUUCGUCGACAUAAUUUGCAAAUAUUCCGCAUACAUACAUAAUUAUUUUCAAAAUUCUGCAAUAAAAUGUUUUCCUGUCUGAUAUCCUGCCUUUUUUCGGCGAUCUUCUAUUUGGCUAUCCUUCCUGCCUCUUUCCUAUUCGGGGCGAGGGUCCUCGUCAAAAAUCUGCGAGGCAAGGUUGACCCCACGAAUGAGAUUGACAUUAAGGGAAAAACGGUGAUUGUGACGGGUGCCUCGGACGGAAUUGGGAAAGCAACUGCGGAGGAAUUUGCCACCCGUGGCGCAAGAGUUAUUUUGGCUUGUAGAAAUUUACAAAAGGCUGAGAAGGUUGUGCAAGAUAUCCGAUCGAGAACGAGGAAUGGUGAAUUGAUAAUAAUGCAUCUCGACCUGUCAUCGCUCUCCUCAGUUCGAAAAUUCGCAUCCGAAUUUAUCCAAAAGUAUCCAUCAACCCUGUCCAUCCUUGUCAAUAAUGCCGGAAUUAUUAACCCGGUUGGAGUACAAAAAGUAACAGAAGACGGAUUCGAAGAAACCUUCGCUGUAAAUCAUCUCUCCCAUUUCCUCCUCACAAACCUCCUCUUGCCUGAAUUAAAGAAAACAGGCGAAAACAAUCCUACUCAAGCGAGUCGCAUAGUCAUCGUUUCUUCCGGAGGACACAGUUGGGGGACGCUCAAUUUUCACGAUUUAAUGUACCAAAAGACUCCUCUGAACGAUUGGGAAUUUAUAUCCAAACUUUACUGCAACUCAAAGCUGGCGAAUAACCUGCACAAUUUGGAACUCGCUAAGAGGUUGAGGUCAGAAAAGGCCAACGUCAACUGCUACGCAUUAUGUCCUGGGGCUGUUGACACGAACAUUGCGACUGAAAAUGGAGAGAAGCAUCCGGUACCGUUUUGGGCAAAAUAUGUAAUGUUUCCACUGGUCAGAAUUAUUAUGGGGAAGGACGCCAGAGAGGGUGCUCAAACCACGGUGUACUGCUCCCUCUCGAAAUGUUUGUCCCAUCACAGUGGAGAAAUGUACAGAAAUUGCGAAUUCUGGGAUUACAGUAAAAGACCCAAAUUGAGCGAGGAGGAUGCAGCAGCCUUGUGGGAAAAGAGUGAACAAUUAACUGGAAAAAUUUAAUAAUUUAGUCACUUGAAAAUAAAAUGACUUAUUUCGAAUUUAUUUUUCCUUUAAUGUUUGUUAUUGCUUAUACAGUAUUAUUACCAAUGCCGGUAGAGUCACAUGUGUACUUGGGUCAGUAAUGGUGUAAUAGCAGUUAGUUUUCCAAGAGGGUAAUUAUGUAGGUUAAGUCAUUUCAACUUUCAAUUUCAUUCAAGUUGUUAUGUAAUUGUACAUAAUUCUGUAUGAAAAGUUAAACAAUUUAAAAUAAAGCUAUUAAUGUAAAUA